GCGGCGCAUCUAUGUGGUCCGCCUGACACUUGAUCGAGGGGAGAGAUGCGCCCUUAACAGACGCUGUGAAGACGGGAAGGGAAGGGCACGGGGAACACAUGAAUCUCUCUCCACACUCUGGCCAGCCUGCUUUUGGACUUCGCUGUUUGGCUUUGCCCUCCCCUCACGCAGAAGCCGUGUGUUUUGCAGUGGAAGAGAGUCUAGAACUGAUUUCUCAUCAACUGCGUGAAAAUAAGAAGACCACACAUUGUUGACUGGCUUUAUGUGGCGCGCUGGGGCUCUCUCGUCACUGAAGCGGCGCGCUUGAUGGGAAUAUAGACAACACAUACUGGUCCGAGGACUAUGAUGGUUAAAUCGGGUAGGAAUGGACUGGGCUGUGGACUCUGGAAGCUAGUAACGACAGUCAAUGAGGACAUCCAUCUUUGCCAUCAGCAGAGUCUUCAUGGACGACUAUAAAAGUGCUCAAUAUAAGUCCUUUGAGAUAUAAUAUCAGUCAGUCCUUUUUUCUUUUCUCCCCUGCCCACCUUCUCGGGUCUGCCUGCCUGAAACUUUGGCCCUGAACUCUGACACCAGCAGACAACAUUGAGUGAUUGGUCAUUACAUCCAAGGGCGUCUACACAGCAAGACAAAAACAUCCCUCGGGAGCCCCACUGCAGCUGGUGGUGGUGGUGGUGGUGGCAGGGGCGGUGAGUCAAUCGCCUCAGCAGCUACAGCAAAUGAUUCAUUAUUUGUGAAGUUAACAGCUCAGACCACUUAAUCUACAAGGACCAAUUUCUUACUGGAGGGAAUCGGUCCAAUAUGAAGGACGUGUCAUUUGUGGAUCGUCUCUUUGUCGGCUUGGCCAUGGCCUCUUUUGUUGUGGCCACUGAGGAGAGGCCUGAUUGCCCAAAGCUCUGUGUAUGCGAGAUUAGACCCUGGUUUUCUCCCAGUUCCGUGUACAUGGAGGCACAGACAGUUGACUGUAAUGACUUGGGACUCUUCAGCCUGCCGGAAAAAUUACCAGUGGGCACACAGGUACUAUUACUGCAAACAAACAAUGUUGCCAAGAUUGACAAACCCUUGGAUUACCUGGCCAACAUCACAGAGAUUGAUUUAUCACAAAACAACUUAUCCUCUAUCAGUGACGUCCAUCUGGGGAACCUUCCACAGCUGCUGUCUCUUCACAUGGAGGAGAAUUGGAUACGAGAGUUGCCUGAGCGAUGUCUGGCAGAGGUUGCUAACCUUCAGGAGCUCUACAUGAAUCACAACCUCAUCUCCUCUAUUUCCCCGAUGUCUUUCCAGGGUCUCAGCAACCUUGUGCGGCUCCACCUCAAUUCAAACAAGCUGAAGACCAUUAAAAGAGAGUGGUUCGAACCCAUGCCAAAUCUGGAGAUCCUGAUGAUUGGUGAGAAUCCAGUUCUUUCUAUUGAUGAUAUGAACUUCAAACCUCUCAGUAACCUCCGCAGUCUUGUACUUACCAGAAUGAACUUGUCUCAGCUUCCUGAUGAGGCACUGGCUGGUCUUGAUAACUUAGAGAGCAUCUCUUUCUAUGAUAAUAUUUUCCCUGAGGUGCCUCAUUCAGCCCUAAGAAAUGUAAAAAAUCUUAAAUUUUUGGAUCUAAAUAAAAACCCAAUUGCAAGAAUACAGAGAGGGGACUUUGUGGAUAUGCUCCAUCUGAAAGAACUGGGGAUUAAUAGCAUGCCAGAGCUAGUUUCAAUUGACAGCUUUGCUCUCAAUAACCUCCCUGAGCUGACCAAAAUAGAAGCCACCAACAAUCCUAAACUCUCCUAUAUCCAUCCUAAUGCUUUCUACAAACUACCGCGCCUAGAAACCCUAAUGCUAAAUGGCAAUGCGCUCAGUGCCCUCCACAGGAUUACUGUCGAGUCCCUCCCAAAUCUUAGAGAAGUUAGUAUGCACAGCAACCCUAUCCGCUGUGACUGUGUAGUCCGCUGGAUGAACAUGAACAAGACCAACAUUCGCUUCAUGGAGCCCGAUUCUCUCUACUGUGUGGAGCCUCCAGAGUAUGAAGGGCAGCAUGUUCGACAGGUGCACUUCAGGGAGAUGAUGGAGAUUUGUCUGCCACUCAUCUCUCCCGAAAGCAUGCCUGGGCAUAUUAAAGCACAGAAUGGGAGCUCAGUGUCACUCCACUGUCGGGCCUUCGCUGAACCAGAGCCGGACAUCUAUUGGAUCACCCCAUCUGGUACCAGAGUCCUGCCAAACACAGUGUCUGACAAGUUCUACAUGCACCCAGAGGGAACGUUUGACAUCUAUGAUGUAACAGAAAAUGAAGCUGGUCUUUACACUUGUGUUGCCCAUAAUCUGGUUGGAGCUGAUCUUAAAUCCGUUUCAGUAGAGGUGAAUGGAUAUUUUCCCCAACCUGCCAAUGGUUCUCUGAAUAUCGCCGUCAAAUCAGUGGAGACAAACUCCAUCCUGGUUUCCUGGAAAACCGGCCCUGGAACCCUGGCUCCCAACAUUAAAUGGUACACUCUGUCAGAUGUCAACCAUCCCACCACAGCGUUUACCACCAGAGUUCCUUCUGACAUCCAGGUCUACAACCUCACCCAUCUCAGCCCUGCCACUCACUACAAAGUAUGUGUGGAUGUCCGCAACAUCCACUACAACCAUGACACCAAAUGUGUCAAUGUCACCACUAAGGGAUUAGAGCUGGCAGCCAAGGACACAGAAAAAUGGGACGCAGCAGUAAUCACCGUCUUUGGUGUGCUCUUGGCUGUGAUUUCAGGGGCCUGUCUGCUUAUUUAUGUGUCUCUGAGGAACCACCACCUUUAUGGGGAUAUAAGGAAAUGCGACUCCAAAGCUUCGCUGACACCAGUGGAAGCUACCGGUAUGCACUCUCCUUUCUUUACAAAGCUGUGGGUUUCGGGUAAGGGACUGCCAAGUGGAGUGGAAGUGAAAGCCACAGUCAUAAAUGUAUCUGACAAUGCUUUUUAAGAAGCGCAGCUUUGUGGAACACCACACACCAACUACACUGAAUGGACAAGGCGAUGGGCAGGGGUGGAGGAAUCUGUAAUACUGUUUCAAAGGCAUACCCAUUGCUGGUCCCUGGCUCAGAUACACUGGCAAAACUAUUACUGGACUGGGAUGGAACUGUUUAAAAUAGACUACAUGCUCUCCCAGUUUCAACCGUAGCUGGUGGCUUUGUAACCGUUACAUCAAACCAAGCUAACAUCAACAGGAAGGGGCAUUUACUGCAAAAAGAUACAUUUCAGUACCAUUCAUACAGAAAUGCAGGCAGUGAAAAGGAAGUGAAGAUGAUGAUGAUAAUGAUGAUGAUGAUGAUGAUGAUGAUGGUCAACUCUCUUGUAAUUGACUGUUAAAUGUGUUCAGAGUUGUGGAACUGUCUGUGUGGUCCCAAGCAAUACCGUCUGUGCUUUGUCAAACAUCCAUAGACGAGUUAGAGAUACAGUAAUAACACCUGUCUAUUAUGGGAAGGGAGAUUUAGUAGAGUAGACAAAUAACAGUGACUAUGGUGUAAGCCUUUUGAUGAAAUAUACCCCCCCACCCCCCUUUUUCUAUUUAAAAAUGGAUUCUUGAUUUUUCAUGGAAAUACUGUUAGAUAUUCUAUUAUGUUGAUGUAAUGACAAAUCCUCUGUAUCUGAACGGUUUAAAUGGGUUUUAAAUUAAGGCAAGGAGCAGACUACUUUUGAUUACAAUGUCACAUUAAGCUUAAUGAAAUUCAGUUACAAAAUGGGCAUCUAGAGAGGACAUUUUCCAAAUGGCUGUUUAUGCUGUGUAGUUCUCAUUGCAAUGGUGACUGGGAAAAAUGUGAAUAUGUUGGACUAAAAGAGAUAUAACAGGUUGAGAAAAAAAAACUGAGGUGACUGAUUAUUGCCGCUAGAAGCAGUCUGUUUUGCCCUGGUAAGUGCCUACAACAAGAACUACAUGAGGUAAACAGAGAAGAAACUGAAGAAACAUGUCAGUCACAGCAAAACAUGGCCAUGUCAUCAUUGCAAAAUCACAAGCUAUUCUCCAGUAAUUUUAGUGGAAAUACCUUCUCAGUAUUUUUAGCAUACAUAUUUUAAGAAAACAUUUCGUUGUUGCUUUGGGUGUAAAGUUAAAAAGCCAUUUUUAUAUUAACUGUAUUAUAUGUGAUCAAUGGGCACAACAGACUAAUUAACAAAAGUGCUGAGAAAAAAAAUAAAUGUCAUUG